UGAACAGGGGAGGGAGGGGAGACAACACCCAGGAACACCUGACCAACAUUUCAUCAAGAUAUGUGGAGACUUAGGAAGUGAUCUCCUCCUCCAGCUUUUCUCCAGCUGUUUUGUUUAUCCGCUUUUUUUAUUGCAACACCUGGAAUGCUUAACGUGGACUGAUGGAUGUUUCCGAACUGUGCAUCCCUGACCCUCUCUGCUACCACAACCAGUUGCUAACCAGAAUGCCCUCUGAGGACCGACACCUAUCCUCCAGCUGUGGUUCUUACGUCAAAACCGAGCCUUCCAGUCCGUCCUCCUCACUAGUAGACACCGGCAGCCACCACAGUCCCAGCGGCAACUCCGACGCCAGCGGCGGCUACAUCAACGGCAGACACUCGCACGCCCUGGACUCCCCGCCAAUGUUCAACCCAGGCAUGCUCGGAGGCGGCGCCGCCUGCCUACGCCGCUACGAGGAGUGCUCCGGCGUCGUGGCGGACGACUCGCCGAUCAAGUGCGAGUACAUGCUCAAUGCCAUUCCCAAGAGGCUUUGCCUGGUGUGUGGUGACAUUGCCUCGGGGUACCACUACGGGGUGGCCUCCUGUGAGGCCUGCAAAGCCUUCUUCAAAAGGACGAUACAAGGGAAUAUUGAGUACAGCUGUCCGGCCACCAAUGAAUGUGAGAUCACCAAAAGGAGACGCAAGUCGUGCCAGGCCUGCCGCUUCAUGAAAUGUCUUAAAGUUGGCAUGUUGAAAGAAGGUGUACGUCUGGACCGGGUGAGAGGGGGGAGACAGAAGUACAAACGGAGGUUGGACGCAGAGAACAGCGCCUACCUCGGCCUCAGCAUCCCCCCUCCAGCCAAAAAGCCAUUGACGAAGACCGUUUCCCAUCUGUUGGUGGUGGAGCCAGAGAAGAUCUAUGCCAUGCCUGACCCCACCAUGCCCGACGGAGACAUCAAGGCCCUGACCACGCUGUGCGACUUGGCCGACCGCGAACUGGUGGUCAUCAUCGGCUGGGCAAAACAUAUCCCAGGUUUUUCCACUCUCUCACUGGCAGACCAGAUGAGUCUACUGCAGAGUGCCUGGAUGGAGAUCCUGGUGCUGAGCAUCGUGUUUCGCUCGCUGCCCUGCGAGGACGAGAUUGUGUACGCGGAGGACUACGUGGUGGACGAGGAGCAGGCGAGGAUCUCAGGCCUGCUGGACCUGCACGUCGCCAUCCUGCCACUGGUCCGACGUUACAAGAAGCUGCGCAUGGAGAAGGAGGAGUUUGUCACGCUCAAAGCCAUCGCCCUCGCCAACUCAGACUCCAUGCACAUAGAGAAUAUUGAGGCGGUCCAGAGGCUCCAGGAUUCUCUCCACGAGGCUCUGCAGGACUUUGAGGGCUCCCAGCAUCCAGAGGACCCUCGACGGGCAGGCAAGCUGUUAAUGACCCUGCCUCUGCUCCGUCAGACCGCGACCAAGGCCGUUCAGCACUUCUACAGCAUCAAAAUGCAGGGCAAAGUCCCCAUGCACAAACUAUUCCUCGAGAUGUUGGAGGCCAAGGCUUGACACCUGGGCCAGAUGUUUGACAGACAGCUGCAUCACCCAAUGGGAGACGAGGGACAGCCCAUAAAAAAUAGAGGUGGUGUGCCAAUUGACAGUGAAAGGAUGGACUACUGAGUCAUUUUAACACUUUUAAAUGGUAAUAAAGAUAAAAGAAAAGGGGACUUGAAAUGGUUUUAAAAAGGGUGAAUAUCAACACAUGGGAUCAUGAUGAUGUAUAUAAAGUUGUUGUGUACAGAAAUCAGGCAACCGAGGUCUUGUUAUAACUAGAGGCCCAUUGCUCUAUAUCACCUGAAGCUUCUGUGAAUUUGUUUCUUAUUUUCAUCUCAAACUGGAAGUGUGUUAAUAUAAAUGUCCUGAAGAACUGUUCGGCUACGUAGCCACAUUACGUGUUUCUUUCUUUCAUAUUUUCUAAUCUCAGUUGUUAAAGCAAUAGUCUCUAACUGGUCUACAUAUAAUAUGUGUACUGUAUAUUGUGUGAAAUUGCACUGGGCGGGAGGGGAGGGGAGAAUUGUUAGACAUAUUCUUAUAUUCGUCAUCAAAGAAAGCGGUGUGCCCGCCAUGGGUCUGUAAGAUUCUCGAUUUCCUCGUGAUAUAUUUACCUCGUAGUAGUUUCAUUGACUCAGCGGUUAACUUGGUGCUUACAGAAGGACAAUGGUUGGCUGGUGAUCAUAGUUCACAAAAAGUUUGCACUAAGCAUCUAUGAAUAACGUGGCAAUAAUGGGUAUUGUACUAGCGAGCUCUGUCGGGUAGUUUCUGAGUCUCGGUCAGUGGUUUUUGCUUAUAGACACUAAACUCCCUCCUCACUCUUCACUUCUCUCUGUGUUCAGUGUCGUACACAAAUAUUGGCAACUAAACAUACUGUGAAAAAAAAACACAUGAUAAGCUAUAUUCUGUGCUGAGAAUUUAAAACUGUAUGGCUUGUUAAAAUAUUUUUUACUUAAAUACAGGUGCAAUAACGGCAACAUCUAUGCAAUUUAAUGCAAUCUAAAACACUCUGUAAUGCAACCUGAUAGCCCUGCAAUAAAUACUACCUUUGUGAAGUAUAUAAUGUUGUUUGUGUCACAUAGGUGCUGAUUCAACUCUCAUUUAUGAGUCAUUUGAGUGCCGUAUUAGAUUGCAAUAUAUUGUAUAGGUUUUGCUUUUCCUUGUAUCAACACCCCUUAGUUGAGGUUGUCUGCUCAAACAACAAGUGUCACUAUAUUGAUAGCAUUAGAUCAACAACAUUAGUUUGAUUUUAGUCAUGUGUGAUACCAAAGUCUGCACGCUAGCUUCAUGCAUCUGAACAAUUUUUACUAUCUUGUGCUUUUUUCCUGGUGUGGACUAAAUAUUAAAUAUUACAACCUAUCCUCCUAUUUCUUGUCGUCGGGCAGCAAAUCUAGCGAGUGUUUCGUAAAUCUAGGAUAACCAUCUAGACACAACCGUGAAAGUCUUGUUUGUUCGACCAGUCCACUCCAACAUCCUCCCUGUGCGAACUUUGUCACUCUUUAUACCAAAUCACCUGACUUCCUCCUUCAUUACGGCUCUUAUAGUGCAUCACUUUUCGUAGGUAAAAGUACGAACAGUGAAUGAAAACAGCCUGGAUAUUGUGAUUCUGAGAGAGGACACUUUGAAAUUUUGACUAACAGAAUAAGAUUACGUUUUGAUUUCAAAAUAAAGUUCUCAUCUCUUCAAGAAUGGCUUUGGCAAUACUGAGCUUAUCUUCUGCGCUUUUAUGACAAUUGCCAAAAAUUGCACAGUGAAAAAAAAUAAAUUCAUUAUAGAAAUCAAAAAUGUUGAUGCCUCAGUUUUCAUUUUAAAGGCAAACUGUGCAGGAAUUGUGGCUUACUGUUUGUAAACACAACAUUGAAACAAAAGCAAACCCCAGAUUGGCUCUCGUUUCUCGUUUGCCGUUUUGACUCGAUAUAUUUGCAUUUUUUCUGCAAUGUGUCUGCUAUUUUCAUACCUUCAUGGUGACGCACAGGAACAAAAUAUACAGGCAGAGGGCAAAAUCUUGCCGAGCAUACCUUGAAAACAGCCCUCUGAACUGGACUCAAAUUGUUAGGUGAUGAGAGAUUCCCAACCCCACUAUUAAAACAAUUUGGGAGGAACACUAGAAAAGAUUACAAGAGGUUUGAAUGUUCUUGUGCAACAAUAUACUGACACUUGUUUCUGAGAAUAACUUGAAUUCCAAACUCAAAAAACUCAAUAAUAAUGACCUAAUAUAUCAGACCUUCUGAUUAAGGCUCACUGUGUCUUUGACAAUUAUUUUUGUUUUAAUCGAGGUGCUAUUAAUUCAGACAGGCACUAUAUGUUCAUUUCUACAAACACUGACACAAACUAAGAGAAUAAAUCUGUAUACUCCAGAAGUGAUAGUAGACUUUUAUAAGGUGAUAUCUAUAAAAUUGUAAACCAGUUGCCAAACUAUUCAAAGAAAGCAAUCCGAAAAAUAUAUCAAAAGAUCAAAAAAAUAAAAUAAGCUGCUGUUAGGAUUUUAGCGAGACAGAAAUUGUCCUUUAUGAACACUUUAAAGUGUCUUUAAAGUGCCAUUAGCUUCUGCCCAAACAAGAAGAGUUUCUACACUUGAUCCCCACAGGAACAGACGCUAUUGACUCACUGUAAUGUAAUGCAUAGAUAAUUAUAACCCAAUACAGUAGAGAAUACAAUUCCCAUGAUGCACUUCCCCAAAUGUGUAACCAGCUAAUCCAUCCCUGAUUGAAAUGAGGGAUGUUCACCGCUGUACAGUAGCAAACCAAAGCGUAGUGUCUUCGAAUACUUUAAAAUUAAAAAAGUGAUAAAACUGCAUUUUGAGCCAGUGGACAUGGAUGUUAUUUACAGUGUAUUAUUAGUGGUUUCAUUCUGAUUUUCAUCCAGCUGUGCACUCAUUCUUUUUGAGCAUCCUACCAUGGUGAUAACUGCUAUAACUGUUAUGUUGUGUUUAAUCGAUAUAUAUGUAUUGAUUAAACAUCUUUGUUGAUAUGAGACGCUGUGUGAAGUCUCGCCCUGUAACUAAGAGAUGAAACUACCAUUAAAAAAGUGAUGUUUCUCACAUUACCAUAGUUAAAGGAGAGUGUUAAUGAGUAACGUUUUGGCCCAAAAACUUGACCAAAACGUGCAAAGUGAUGACCUUCUCUCCUCUGUGCACUUUGAAGACAGAUAAUUGUUUCCCAACUUUCCCUUCUUCUCAAAUUAAUACAAGAAAAUAAAAAGAAAAAUGCUUAAUUUAUUUUCAGACUUCUAAAAGCGGUUCUACUUACAUCCAAUUAAUUCUAAUUGUCUCCUAAGCUGAAAUUCUCAAUAGAAAUGGAGCAAUUAAAUUUCUGCUUUGGCUCUACCUUGGGGACGAGAGACGUUUUAUUUCGGUUGACGGCGGGGAGGGUUUGUCUAAACCUUUACAAAGGCGAUUUCAUGGGUGUCUGUAAUAGUUUCAUAACAGAGCGAUCACUGGGCUAUGCAAGGCAAAUAUGGCCACCUAUGUUCCUUGUGUUGUGGAGCAUCAGAGAGACAUUUAGUUGUGCUUUGUUUACAACGUGAACAUACUACUGUACAGUGCUGUACGCUGCAAAUGUAUUGUGCAUAUUUCACCAUACUAUACUGUAGCUGCUGUGCAUUGAUAUAACUAUGAUCAUUUGUUUAAUUUAAUGGAUUUCUCAUGAUGUAUCAGCACACAUUUAGAGCCCACCUGAACAGCUGUGUAAUAUAAAUCACUGUAUUGAGUCAUGUGGGAUUGUUAUAUUUGGUCUAAGGUGGGAUUUUCUUUUGUGUCUUUGUAUCUUUCAGUGCUGAAACACGCUCUGUGUUAUCAUCGUUUUUGGUUAUCAGCACAGCAGGACGUAUAGCGAGUGAAGUAGUCUAUACCUCAAUUCAUAUUUUGAAAAUUACACUGGAUUUGGAAACGGGCCAUGGCAUCCUCCUGGGAAUCAGUGGCACAGAAAUAAAGUGACAUCACUGA